AUGUCUGACGAGUCCCAUCAAUACAGCGUUGUAGGAUAUUGGAGUAGGAUAGAACAAGUUGUAAAAUCAAAUGAAACAAACAAUGAGAAAUUGUUGUCGAGUUGUUUCUGUUUUUUGGAAGUUCCAGGAUAUCUUCUGGUGCCUUUAUCUAAGUCUGAUUUCAUCUCUAGCACAAUUAAAAUUCAGGAAAUCAUUCAUUAUAUCUAG